CUGAGAGUGAAGAAGAAGUGGCUCCUCCCGGCCAUCUGCAGCUUCUUCUGCCUGCUCUCCGUGGUCAUGACUGGCUGCUUCCUGUGGCAGUAUCACCUCCCCAAGCUGAAGACUGGUUCCCUGGGACCAGAGGAGACCUCUGCCCCUGUGAGGAUGUGUCCCCGGCAUCCUGAGCCCGUGCCCCUGGUCCACCCACUCCCUGUGUUGAAGGAGGCCCUGGAAAAGGUGGAUGGGAUCCUGCGCCAGGCAAUGUCUGCCCCAGGCGUGGCUGCCAUGUCUGCAGUUGUCAUCCACAAUGACACUGUGCUCUGGACAGGGAACUUUGGGAAGAAGAAUGGCUCAGACCCGACUUCUGGGACCCCCAAUGAGUACACCAUGUACAGGAUCUCCAGCAUCUCCAAGAUCUUCCCCGUGCUCAUGCUGUACCGUCUGUGGGAGGAGGGCGUCGUGGCCUCUCUAGAUGACCCUCUGGAGCGGUACGCCAGCACCUUCACCAUUAACAACCCGCUGGGCCUGGCAUCAGCUCCUGAACGGCAGGGCCUCAGGGACGGGCUGCAGGAGGUGGGCCCUGCCCCAAGGCCUUCACCUGUCACCCUUCGAAGGAUGGCCAGCCAGCUCUCAGGGCUGCCCAGAAGGCUCCGCUCCACUUCACUGCUGUGGAAGGGCAGCACCCAGGAGGCCCUGAACCUGCUUAAGGAUGAUGUGCUGGUGGUGGACCCGGGAACCAGGUGCCAUUACAGCACGCUGGCAUUUUCGCUCCUGGCCCACGUCCUGGCAGCCCACACCGUCCAGGGCGACUACCAGCGCUGGGUCUCGGAGAACGUGCUGCAGCCGCUGGGGAUGGCGGACACGGGCUUCGACCUCACGCCCGUCGUGCGUGCGCGCCUGGCCGCGGGCUUCUACGGCAGCGGGCGGCCGGCGCCGCUCUACGACCUGGGCUGGUACCGGCCGUCGGGCCAGAUGUACUCCACCGCCGCCGACCUGGCCAAGCUGGCCAUGGCGCUCCUGGGGGGCGGGCCCCGGCAGCUCCUACGGCCCGACGCGGCCAAGACGCUGCUGGCGCCGCUGCUGGCCUGCCCCGGCGCCUACUUCGCCAACGAGACGGGCACGCCGUGGGAGUUCCACGCGCAGCGGGGCUACCGCGUGGUGCGCAAGGACGGCGACCUGGACGGCUACGCCGCCACCUUCUCGCUGGUGCCCCCGCUGCGCCUGGGCCUGGUGCUGCUGCUGGCCGGGCCGCGGCCGCCCGGGCCCGACCUGGUGGCGCGGGUCUACGACGAGCUCCUGCCCGCCCUGGAGCGCGCCCUCCGGGAGGCCGAGCCCGACCCGGCCCCGCCGCCCAGCGCGCGCCCCUUCGCCGGCUACUUCACCUUCGCCAACCUGACUUUCUACGAGGUGCGCGCCGGGCCGGCUGGCGAGCUGCACCUGCGCCAGUUCGGGCCGCGCGUGGAGGCGCUGGUGCCCCCAGCAUUCCGCACCCUGGCGCUGCGCCACCUGCGCGGCCGCGUCUUCCAGCUGCACGUGGCCCGCGAGUUCCCCUGCGCUCUGCCGCUCGGCGACGCGUGGCUCUCACUCGAGGCCCAGCAUGGGCAGCUGGUCAACUUCUACCCUUUGGAUCACCACGGGCUGUCCCCCGGCUUCGACGUGCCCGGCCUCAACACGUACCGAGUGCUGCGACUGCAGCACAAGCCGGUGUUCAAGACCCAGUGA